UCCAUGCCCGCACUCCGCUCCCUGCCGCCUCGAGCCAUGGCCGCCGCCUUCGACUACCUGGUGCUGGGAGGCGGCUCGGGCGGGCUGGCGAGCGCGCGGCGCGCGGCCGAGCUCGGGGCCCGCGUGGCUGUCGUGGAGCAUCAGCGCCUGGGGGGCACCUGCGUGAAUGUUGGAUGUGUACCAAAAAAGGUGAUGUGGAACACAGCUGUCCACUUUGAAUUCAUCCAUGAUCAUGCCGAUUAUGGCUUUGAAACCCCCAAUGUGAAAUUUAAUUGGCGAGUGAUUAAAGAAAAGCGUGAUGCUUAUGUGAGCCGCCUGAAUGGGAUCUAUCAAAAUAACUUAAACAAG